CUCCAUCCUUAGCUUAUUGUGCAUAUAUCAUAUGAGAGAAGCAAAUUAAGAUCUCAUCACUACAGUCACCGGAAAUUCAAGAAUCCGAUGAUGAUGCCGAUGAUGAUGUGGGGAAUGGAGGAAGUGUGGGCCAAGAUGGGGACGACGGCGGUGACUAUAAUGGUACUUUGGGCCACGUUCGACAAGUAUUGCCCCUACGAAUUCCGCGGCUAUUUCAAGAAAUACGCCAAGAAGCUCCGGAGUCUGGUCUACCCUUACAUCCACAUCACCUUCAAUGAGUUUUCCGGCCACGGCUUCAACGGCAGCAAGGCGUACCAGGCCAUCGAGCGCUACCUCUCCGCCAAUUCCUCCGCCCAGGCCAAGCGUCUCAAGGCGGAGGACAUCAAGGACUCCCAGACACUCGUCCUCAGCAUGGACUACCACGAGGAAGUCACCGACGAGUUUGAAGGGGUCAAAGUGUGGUGGAAUUCCGGCCAGGACCACCCCAACCGCCAGACCAUUUCUUUCUACUCCAGAGACGACUCCAAGCGCUAUUUCACCCUCAAGUUCCACAAGAAGCACCGGGAUUUCGUCACCGGAGCUUACCUCAAACACGUCUUGGACGAGGGGGAGGCGAUCACGGUGAAGGACCGGCGGCGGAAGCUCUAUACCAACUGCAAGAACGACGGCGGGUAUUACAGUUUCCGGCGCGGGAUGUGGACGCAUGUGGUGUUCGAACAUCCGGCGACGUUUGAUACUCUCGCCAUGGACCCGAAAAGGAAGCAAGAAAUCAUUGACGAUCUUCGCACUUUCAGCAAAUCUAAGGACUAUUAUACCAGAAUUGGGAAAGCAUGGAAGCGCGGGUAUCUCCUCUACGGCCCUCCCGGCACCGGAAAAUCCUCCAUGGUGGCCGCCAUGGCUAAUCUUCUCGAAUACGACGUUUAUGAUCUGGAGUUGACCGCGGUUAAGGACAAUACCACUCUCAGAAAGCUCUUAAUCGACACUUCCAGCAAAUCCAUAAUCGUAAUCGAAGAUAUCGAUUGCUCCCUGGACCUCACCGGCCAGAGGGAAGGGAAGAAGAAGGCGGAGAAAUCCGAUCCAGUGAAAGAAAAUGAGAAAGACCCAAUCAAGAAAGAAAUGGAGAAAAUGGAAGAGAAGAAGAGCGAAGUAACCCUCUCCGGUCUGCUCAACUUCAUCGACGGCCUGUGGUCCGCCAUUGGAGGGGAAAGGAUCAUCGUCUUCACCACCAAUUUCAAAGAAAAGCUCGACCCGGCACUGAUUCGAAGCGGGAGAAUGGAUAAACACAUCGAGCUUUCCUACUGUCGAUUCGAGGCCUUCAAGGUACUGGCGAAAAACUACUUGUACAUUGAAGAGCACGAGCUUUUUCCGACGAUCGGACGGCUGCUGGGGGAAGCUGACAUGACGCCGGCGGAUGUUGCAGAGAAUCUGAUGCCCAAAUCUGCCUCAGAUGACGAGAACACUUGCCUGACAAGACUGGUUGAGUCUCUGGAGAAAGCUAAGGUAGAUGCAAAGCUGAAAGCUGAGGAAGAAGAGAAACUAAAGGCCCAGAAAGAGAAAGAAGAAGAAGAAGAGAGACUAAAGGCCCAGAAAGAGAAAGAAGAAGAAGAGAAGAAGAAAAAAGCAGAAGAAGAGGAGAAGAAAAGCAAAGAAGAAACCAUGGCCGCCGCUAAGGAGGUGAAGGAAAAUGGUCACGUUUCUCAGAAGGACGAUUGAAAUCAAGAAGACAAGAACAGAUUACGAAUAUGGGGAUAAGAUCAAUCAACACUGAGUAUAAUGACAAGAUUUAAUCGAGCUGUUGAUUUACAAUAAGUGUAAUGUUUGUCUGUUUAGAUAAUAUUCCAAUAUGUUUAGAUAUGAGUUUUGAUUA